AGUGCCAAAAGUUCAGGUGACGUCACCGGCCACAGCUGCACGCGACCCCGCUGCCGACGUGGCGCGAGCUCGAGCGGAAGGGUUGCGCGAGCGCGACUGUCAGCAGAACUGAGCACCAUGUCGCAAGAUGAGACCAUGGAAGACCUCACUGCAAAUUCUCCCCCUUCCCUCCACCCGACUGCCUCUGAUGAAACUGGCCCCAUAGCUGCAGUCAACACAGAUGAGGUCCCAUCUUUAUCACAACUUUCAUUAGGAAUAUCGAUCCCUGAUGCAACUAACGUGGCAGCGGAUGUGCUUGGCACACCCACAGCUACUGAAGAGAAGCAGGUACACCCAUCAAAUGAAAACCCUGAGGGUCAGGUGACUGAAUGUGUGGAGUCAGUGAGCUUGGACCCAGAUAAUAAACAGGAAGAAGCAGAGCCCCUGGAUGAGUCUAAAUCUAAAGGCUGGAGUAGUUGGGGCUCCUGGGGGAAGUCACUUCUGACCACUGCAACAUCCACUGUGGGUCAAGGGUUAAGCACUGUAAAAGGGAAAGCAGGUGGGGCGUUCCGAAUGCGUCAGAGCUCAUCAUGUGAGGAGGCAGAAGAGGCCCAUGAGCAUUCUGGGACAGAUAAGGCAGAACACGUUCAUUCAGAGGAGGUGCACAGAGGAGUACUGUCAACCAUCAGCAGCGCUGUUCAGAACACUGGAAAGUCAGUAAUAACAGGAGGUCUUGAUGCUUUGGAGUUCAUUGGAAAGAAGACCAUGAUUGUCUUGGCAGAGAGUGAUCCAGGCUUUAAAAAGACUAAAAUACUGAUGCAGAGAACUGUCUCUCUGUCUCAGAUGCUAAAAGAAGCAAAGGAAAAGGAGAGAGAGAGACUGAGCAGUCAGAUGGUUUCAGAACCAACCGCCCACUAUGGGAUCUUGUUUGAUGAUUAUCAAGGCUUGUCUCAUCUCGAGGCACUGGAGAUUCUUUCCAAUGAGAGUGAAGGAAGGGUACAGGAGUUCUUGUCCUCUUUGGAAGAGGAAGAUUUGGAAGUUCUGAAGAAGGAGCUGAUUGCGAUUAAAGAGAUCUUCAUCACUCGUGAGGAGGAGGAAGCUGAUGCCGCCUCUGGGGAAAACGGUGAUCUUAAUUCCCAAAUUCAGUGUUCCACUCCUCUCUCUGCUGAUGGAGAGGAGUUUGUCAGUGUUCUUACUGAGCUACUCUUUGAGCUCCAUGUUGCUGCAACUCCAGACAAGCUGAGCAAAGCCCGAAUAAAAGCUCAUGAUUGGGUGCGAGAAGUGGAGCAAUCCCAGAAAGUUGUCAAGAAUGUAACAGAGGAAUUAAAGGAAGAGUGCUCCACCCCUUGCCCCGAACAAAAGGGGGAACAAAAAGAAGAAGAAAAGAAAGAAAAGGGAGAAGAGGGAAAAAACGAUAAAAAUAAUACAAAAGAUGGAAACUCGGAUGAUGUUGAGAAGGUGUAUCUGUCAUCAGUGGGCAGUCUUGCUGAGGUGACCGCUCGUAGUAUAGAACAGCUACAUAAAGUGGCUGAGCUGAUUUUACACGGACAAGAGCUGGAGAAGCCAGCCUGCCAACAGGCCAGUAUACUGGUCAGGUUAACCAGUGCCAUGUGUAAGGAGGUCGGGUGCCUGGCUCGAAAGUUCUCGGACACAUUACUGGCUGUAGGGAAUCAGAGAAAGGCAGAAGAGCUAAAUCCUCUAGUGGACAGUGUGAUGCUGGAGGGUUGUAAUAGCACUACUUACAUCCAUAAUGCAUUCCAGCUGCUGUUGCCUGUUCUUCAGGUCUCACACAUUCAGACCAGCAGAACCACAAUCAAGCCAGUCCCUGAACCAGCAUCCAAAGAAUAGUGCCCUCAUUCUGUGCGUGUGUAUUGUUUAGGUAUGUUGCUUCAAUUUGAGAGCUUAAACCAAAAAAAGUGCAAUUAUAGUCUAUAUAUAGACUCUUACAAAGACAUAAUUAAUAAAAUAAGAUUGAAACUCCUAACUUAUUUAGCAAGCUGCUGGUCCACUUUAUAUAUGUGUUUGUUCUUUUUUAAGUUACUUUACUAAAAAUGAAGAUUAUUAAUCAUGUGUUGCAUUGUCUGAGAAGAUUUGGAGGUCCAACCGACUCGCUUAAAAUAAUGAACAGUUACACAAUUACCAGUUUUUAUUUUGAAUAAAAUUUCCAAGAACAUAAUCUGUAAUAUGAAACUAAAGACUGAAAUUAUCAGUACAGUAAUGUUUUGCAUUGUUAGCAUGUGAAAAAGUCCAGUUCUCAAUACGUCACAUGUUGUUCAUUAGUUUAAAUAAACUUUCAAUUUUAAAAAGUG